AUGCAGGGUCAAUCAUCGAGCGGCAACAACAAUGCAGCGGUUCCGGCCGCUGUUGUGUCGUGGGAGUACCUUGACAUGACGUGGAUCACGUAUGACCACGCGACGCAGCGUCAGAUUGAGGAUGCCUAUCUUCAGUACACGAAUGGCACUUUAUCGCACGGCAAGUGCGACCUGACCCAUGGCAGCUUUUUUGCCGGCCAACCGAACACUUACGAAGUUAUCUUCAUGACGAUGGAGCAAAGGAACAAAUCGACCAACAAUCGGCGCGCCGUUCGUCGCUUGAUUCGCCCCAGCACCAGUGCCAACCUCACACACGAAAUGUGGGAGCUCACGGACAAUCACCAGUACCAGUACGAGGACAAGGGGAACUGGUUCAACUUUGAUCCCUGGGCCAACCUGCAGCUCUAUCACACGCCAACCAACGUGGUGAUUCUCAACAGCGGCGACUACGAGUUUUUGUUUCCCCGCCACCGCGUUGACAAGGCGCACGGCACCCAAUUCACCACCUUCAGCAGUGAGCAACGCAGAAUCCGCCUGGUCCGCAUGCAAAUUCCGUCGCCGCAAGCAGACGACGUUCCCACGGCGGCCCUCAAAGGCCUGGGCCUUGGUGCCACAGGGGCCGCAGGGGCCCCAACCACGGCCUCAACCACGGCCACGGGCAUAGCAGCGACUGCUGCCUCUGCUCCGCCGGACAUUGAGGAAGCUGACAGUGGUGGUGGUGGUGGUCGGGUCAGAGAGAUUUUAAGCAAGGACCCACGCUCCGCUUGCCCCACCUGGAGGGCGCAGACGACCCACAUCUUGAAAAGCCUUGCAGAAAUACCUUUUGAUCCUGUGUCCCAAGCCACUCUUGACGCUUGCCACCAAGGCGACCAAUGCUGCAUUUGUCUGGAAUUCUUUUCGGAAGCAGGCGCGAGCCAUCGGGAGCCUUGCCCCGGUGACCCGACGGAUGGGUCAGAAAUGGACACCACCGACCUCAAUGACGAGGAGUAUUAUUCAUCGGUGUCAUCGCACCCAGAAAUAGUGCUGCGCUUUCCCUGCUCACACCUUUUCCAUGGCAACUGCGUUUUGCCAGGCAUCAAGAACCAGUCGUUCCGUUGCUACGUGUGCAGUGCCGUCCACGGCAAGCCUCUGACCGGCAACCAGCCCCCUGGAGAAAUGCGAGUGCACCUUUCGCAGCAACCUCUCCCAGGCUUUGACUCGGUUGGCCACUACAUUAUCGACUACGAGUUUCCCCCUGGCCUUCAGGGUCCCGAGCAUCCCACGCCGGGUGCCUACUUCAAUGGCGAUCGAAGGCGCGCAUACCUGCCAGCCACAGACAAGGGUCUCGAGACUCUCAAGCGCUUGAAGACGGCCUUCGAACGGCGCCUGACCUUCACCAUUGGCUUGUCUCUGACACUGGGCCCGAGAGCUGGAGAGCGUAUCAUUUGGAACGGCAUCCAUCACAAAACAAGCCUUUCCGGCGGUGCCUUUGGGUUUCCAGAUCCGACCUACUUUGAGCGCGUCGACGAGGAGCUGCGUGCUUUUGGCAUUUAA